AUGAUUCACAGACAACAGCACUCAUCUCGCUGUCUUCGCAAUGGCACCUGUAUUUAUCAUUAUCCGAAACCAAUUAUUCUAGAAACCUAUAUUGAUGAGAAAGAAUACUAUGAACAAUAUUUGUUAUAUCCUUUUAAACAACAAGAUAUAUGUGAAAAUGAUUUCCUUGAACAAAAACAAACUAGAGUGUUGAGAAAAAUUGUUCGAAAACGAACUACUAAUAAAAUCACCAGAAUUGUUUUAGUGGCUCCAGGAUCUGGUAAACUUUUUUAUUUGAGAAAUAUUUUAAUACAUCGCGCAAUUCGAACAUGGGAUGAAAUCAAAAUAUUAAAUAAUAUUACAUAUUCAACUUACCAGGAAACUGCACGAGAAAUGGGGUUAUUCACUAAUAACAAUGAAAGUAUGUGUGCUAUGAAAGAAGCUGUUGAAAACUUUUCAACACCGGCACAACUACGUUUUCUAUUUUUGCAAUUAAUUUUAGAUAGUGCUCCUGUAUUUGAUAUAUGGCAAAAAUUUAAUUCAAAUCUCUCUGCCGAUAUACAAGAACAAUUUCAUGGAAAUCAUUCCAAUACCAUUAAUAUUGCUCUUUAA